ACACACACAUGCCCCAGUUUCCAACACUGCAGAGCUGCUGGGUUCCCAGGGGCUGUGUGGAGACCGGGUUUUGAGUCGGCUGGUUCAUCUCCCUUCGUUUCUCUCCAAUGCCAUGGGAGUUGGCAGCUGGGUCUUCAGCAGGUGCUCCGGGGCGGGGCCGGGCCUGGGUCUGCACACAGCCCAGCUGUCCGGGGCGGAAGCAUCUACACUCUGCUCUCGGCACACCCGUGACUUUGGGACGCCGUCCCCGGUGGAGACCCGUGCGGGGCACUCAGUAGAGGUGGCUGCUCUCCGUCAUAGGCUGCACGCCCAUCGCCACGACCCCUCCCUGGACGACCCCAUCCCCCAGGAGUACACCCUCUUCCUCUGCCCCACGGGGCCCCUGCUGGAGAGACUGGAGGAGUUCUGGAGAGACAGCCGGCGCCAGUGUGCCAGGAACAGAGCUCACGAGGUCUUUCCCCACGUGACGCUCUGCGACUUCUUCACGUGUGAAGACCAGAAGGUGGAAUUCCUUUAUGAGGCUCUAAAGAAAGCAGGGGACAGGGUCCUGGGGUCCUUCCCUGCUGUCAUCCCUCUGGCUCUCCAUUCCUCUAUCAGCUACCUGGGCUUCUUCAUCGACGACGGCCCUGCCGAAGUCAUCCAGAAACUCGCCGUGGAGUUCGCUACCGAGGCCUCCGCCUUGGCAGACUGCACAGUGAAGCCCUGCACCAAGCAGCUGCACCUGACCCUGGCCCACAGAUUCUACCCUCACCACCAGAGGACCCUGGAGCAGCUGGCCAGAGCCAUCCAGCCCAGCCACGACUGCCAGUGGACAGCGGCCCUCUACUCGCGAGACAUGCGCUUCGUGCACUACCAGACGCUGAGGACCCUGUUCCAGUACCAGCCCCAGAAUGAGGACGAGCUGGCGCUCAGCCCGGGUGACCAUGUCUUCGUGGACCCCACGCAGCAGGCAGAGGCCAGCGAGGGCUGGGUCAUCGGGACCUCAGCGCGGACCGGCUGCCGCGGCUUCCUGCCAGAGAACUACACAGAGAGGGCCCGCGAGGCCGACACCUGGGUCAAGCACCGGACAUAUACCUUCAACCUAGCCACAGACCUGAACUCCAGGAAGGAUGGGGAAGCCAGUGGCAGUCGAAACAGAGACUGUCAGCCUCCAUCGGUGUCCAGGAGCCUGAGCAGUGUGCAGGCUUUGCAGGCCGCCAUCUUGAGGAGGAGCGUGCUGGUGGUCCGGCAUGGGGAGCGAGUAGACCAGAUCUUCGGGAAGUCCUGGCUACAGCAGUGCUGCACGCCGGACGGAAGGUACCACAGGCCAGACCUGAACUUCCCCCAAAGCCUGCCCCGGAGGAGCGGCAGCCUCAAAGACUUUGAAAAUGAUCCACCAUUAUCAUCUUGCGGGAUUUUCCAGGCCAGACUGGCAGGGGACGCGCUCCGGGACAGCGGCCUCAGGGUGGCAGCCGCCUUCGCCUCCCCAGCCCUGCGCUGCGUGCAGACGGCCAGGCACAUCCUGGAAGCACUCAAGCUGGAGAUGACACUGAAGAUCAGAGUGGAGCCCGGGAUCUUUGAGUGGACCAAAUGGGAAGCCAGCAAGACCACCCCGGCCUUCAUGACCCUGGAGGAGCUGAGAGACGCAAACUUCAACGUCGAUGCUGACUACAGGCCUGCGGUCCCCCGCAGCUCCCUCCUGCCGGCUGAGAGCUACGAGGAGUAUGUGGACAGGUGCACCUUGAGUAUGGGGAGGAUCUUGGCCGCCUGCUCCCCAGAGGCGGGCAUCAUCCUCGUGGUCGGUCACGGCUCCUCACUGGACUCCUGCACCAGGCCGCUCCUCGGGCUGCCGCCCCGGGAGUAUGGCGAUUUUGCCCAGCUGGUGAGAAAGAUCCCUUCUCUGGGAAUGUGCUUCUGCGAAGAAAACCAGGAGCAGGGCCGAUGGGAGCUGGUGAACCCGCCGGUGAAGACGCUGACACAUGGGGCCAACUCGGCCUUCAACUGGAGGAACUGGAUCUCAGCCCACUGAGCCAACCUGCCCCUCCUCAUCCCCCCGUGGGGAGGCGGUGCUGACUUUGGGCAGAGCCACCCGGCCCCGCCGCUGGUGUGCAGUGGACGUGGAGACCUGGAGAAGCAUGAACCCAUCUGGAUAUCCCUGCCACUGCGCCGCCCAGGGCGUGUCGUGCUGGGGCUGAGCUGCAGGAGUGCAGAGCAGCGCCCCCACGCCGAGCUCGCCCAGCUCACCACGGCAACCUGCACCCUGGCGGGCAGGAAGGAGGCCCGGACUCUCCUUCCCAGGUUCUGCAGACCAGGGCGCAGGCGCUUGAUUUUCUAAGCGCUUCGUGAGGUACAGCCUGGUCGCUUUUCCUUUUUCUAUUUCGGUCUCUCUAGGCGAGUCUGCGCCCACUGAAAGAGCUGUAAUGUCAAUAAAGUGGUACACGCGGGGUCUGCG